GUCGUGUUUUCGUAUCAACAAAGGCCGAUUCAACAUGAGCUCAGCUCGGCUGUAAAAGCGUCGGCGCCGCUUCGUGUCAUGUGGUUGUUCGCCGCUAGAUGGCGGUAGUGCUCCAGUUUCAGGGGGAUUAGUGGGCUCUCGGCGUCUGCAUUAUUCUGCAAUAAUAGCACAUAAAACUAUGAGAUGGCAUUCAAAGGUACAGCGGUCGAGUCAAAGACCGUGCUGUUCAAUCUGCUGCUGUGUGUGGCCAUAUUCUACUCUCUUUUCUACAUGAUUGGGAGUGUGUGCUUUGGUGCCUUCAGACUGAGACACUUUGAUGGACUGAUUCCAUUUGACUUCAAGACUGAACCUAUUGAAUCCAACUCCAAAUACCUGGUGAACCUCCUGUCCCUUGAGCUCACCUACUUUUGUAGUGGCCUUUUGUUUGCUGCAGUGGUGAAGCGGCGGGUUUGGGAUUAUGCCCUUACUGUCACCCUGUUACAUGUCAUAGUUACCAGCAUAGUAAUGUUAGAGUUUCCCAUGGUGUGGCAGUGGUGGCUGGCCUUAGGCAGCGGCUUAUUUUUGAUGAUUUGUAAUGGUCAGCUGAUCGCUUAUUUCAUGUGCCAGAGUGAGGAGACCUAUGCCGCCUUCAGUGUCUACUGACACAAAGAAGUCAACUCUUAUAAUAAAAUCAACGGCCUUGUGAAGUGAAAUACUGUAGAUAAGGUCAGAGAACACGCUUCUUGCAUUCUCAAAGUAAUGGGAUUUUGUCGCAAAAAAGACAUGAAAUGUCUGGAUGCAGUUUGUGAUAAUAGUUUCAAAUAGUGUUUAUGUAACCGCCACAAGAUGCUUUUUGCAUUUUGCUUGCAAGACAAUGCUUAUUUCUCAAUGCAGCAUGAAAGAAGCCCAUGAAGUAUUAUCUGUACUUUUGUAAUGUGAAUAGCAGAAA